UGUUUUGGUAGAGUCUAUUUCCCGCCACGUGAAAUGCCUCCUAGACGAUCUUCCAGACAAGUCAGUAAAGAAUCUGAAGACGAAGAUGGACAGAGCAUACAGCAGCACAAAAAGAAAGAAAACAGCCAGUGGAUUUGUUUCAUCAAUAAUGAUGCAUUAGAAAUUGAUCCCAAUAAUGAAAACAAGACAACGUUCUGUAAACUCCGACAUCCUAAAACAGACAGGAGUGCAAUGUUUCUUUUUUGCAAUGGUGAUAAAGAUGUGUUUGAGGUCUCUGUUUUCUCAGAAGACUGUCGAUCCUGGUUAAUCGACAACACUGUCCAACAAGAUGGAAGUCUACACAUUACAACUCCUAUAGAUCCUCUGUUUCUUAUUCUUCCUUACAUCCUCAAAGUUAAAGAGCGUGGAAUGUACAUGACUCUGGAUCAAAUAGUUUGUGACCCUGAUUUCCCAGAAUGCAGCAGGCUUGUCAACACUUCAGGAACCUCAGAACUGCAUAACAUCACAGAUAUCAAAGGAAGUGAUGAUCUACAGGCCUACAGAUACAAUGAAGAGAAAUUAUUGUCAUGGUUACAAUCGAAAAUUGAGCAUCUGGCAGAGAAACUAUCAGAGAGGGAGAUAUGUGUCUCAGGGGCACAAAGUUCUACAUAUGUCAGAACAAAGCGGGCAAUGACAGCAACACACGAUGAUUACAUUAGAUAUGCCUAUGGAAUGGUCUGUGACUACAUUCCUACAGAUGUUAGUGCAAGGCUCAAAGAACAUAUGAAAAUUCCAGAGGUUGUUGAAAAAAAGGAAAAUGAACCUCCAUCAAAGAAAGCUAAGAUGGAUGACAUCACCCCUACAGAAGACUACAGCCAAGGCAAGUCGGAGGUCAAGUCAGCUAAGGCCAGUAAACUGACAGUUGGUCAGAAGAAACUGAGUAAAGUGGACAAGUCUGGAAUGAAAUCAUUGGCCAGCUUUUUCUCACCAAAAGCAAAGACAUGAUGCUAUUGAUAGAAAAAUCACACCUUUCGUUUUGUCCUGGAAUUUUAAAAGAUUAAGUGUGGGAAGAAAAGCAAUGGCAUUUUUUGUGUUAUUGACAUAUGCAAUAUGCAUUAAAGAAAUGGUUAUUGCAGAUUAAAACAAUUUUCACUGAAGUUUUUAGGAUUGUGGGAAAAUGUUCUCCUCAUACAUAUAUAUGUAUACAAAAUCGGAAGACUUGGUAUGUACUUCAGAAUGUAUGUUAGUUAAUUCAUAUUUGUUAAUGUG